ACACUCCCUUUUCAGCAAGGAUACCACGUAUUUUGUCUCCUCCUGGCCACUGCCAGUCUGGCCAGCUGCCGCUCGGUGGUGCGACGCGAUGUCAGCCACCUGCCCCUGGAGUACCUGCCGCCUGUGGUGCUGCCACCUGUGCCCAGUCGCGACUAUCUGCCACCUGUGGAGCAGCAGGCCGCCACCUUGAACCACGUCCUGCAGCCGCCCCGCGACUAUCUGCCCCCCAAGCUGAACAAUGAAUAUCUGCCACCUGUGGCUGCCGAGGAGCUGGUGGAGGAGGCCACCACUGAAGCCGAAGCCGUCGAGGAAACCACUACUCUGGAGCCCACCACCGAGGCGGUUGUCAUUGCCACCACUGAACCAGAGCCGGAAUCGGAGACGGAGAUCGUGACUGAGCAGCCAGAGGAAGUGAAGAGCCUGGAGUUGGUGGAGGAAGAGGUGCCCCAGAAGGAGGAGGAGGUCGAGUCCGCCAUUCUCCUGGACGAUGGCUAUCACUACCGUACUCCGGCUGAGGUGCCCAAUCUGCUGCCCGUAAAGGAGUACCUGCCGCCCCUGGACAACAACGCUGUGGUGGAGGAGGUUCCCAACCAUGAGGAGGACUCUUCCGCCCUGCUGGAGGAUGGCUACCACUAUCGCUCCGUGAAGCGACUCCGUUUCUAGUCCUCGUCCAGGCGAGUCACUUCAGUUUAUUUUACUACGAAUUUCUGUUUCUGUUCUGAGCGACAAUUGUUGUUUAAUUUUACAAAAUACAUAGACAAAUACUUUGCCGA